AUGGAAACUUUCCAUCGAGAAGGAGGCGCCUGGCCCGUUGAAGGCAGAGAGUUCUUCACUGUCUCGAUUCAGGCGCUGAAGAAAGACCCGCCGCAGCCGCAGCCAAAUGCGCUGGAAAGCUGCCGCGCCCGGGCUGCCGCGUUCAUCGAGGACGUGUUCGCCGACAGACGCCCGUUGCGGCAUCGCCAGGCUCUCUCCCUGGCGAUUGAGGAGUUGGUCUUGGAGGGCCGCGCGCCCGCGCUGCUUGAUCUCUUCGUUGCGGAGGUCGACAAGAAGCUCGUCGAUAUCCACGCGCGCAUCUUUGCCAGUCUCUCCACCGACCUCGCGUUCCUCAGCUCCGUUGGCGACGCUUGGCUCGCCUUCCGACGCGCACUGCACGCCGUUGCGCAGGUUUUUGCGUAUAUGGAGCGGCACUACGUAGCCUACGCGGCAGAGUCUUCGCUCAUCGACGUCGCGGAGGCGCUGUGGCUGAAGCACCAGAAGCAGCUGGGCAGCGCAUUCGAAGAGACGCUCGUCCGCGCGCUGCUCACGGCCAUCGAACUCCACCGAGCAGGGAACGACGCGUGGGAGAAGGAGCUCUGCACCGUCCUCGGCAUGUUCAUCUCUCUCGGUAUUUAUCAGGACGUGUUUGAGGGGGUGUUUCUGUCGGAGUCUGCGGCGUUUUACGCGCGGGAGAGCGCGGAGUUGGCGGGGUCGCUUUCGAUUGAGGCAUACAGCAGCCGCGUGGAGCGGCGCUUGCGCGAGGAAGACGCGCGGGCGUCGCUCUUCCUCGCAGAGUCUUCGCGCGACUCGCUGCUGGACGUGCUGAGGCUGCACCUGAUUGAGCAGCGCGUCGAUGUCCUCUCGGCGGUGGGGAGUCUGCGGCGGCUCACCGAGGCGCGGAAAACUGUCGAGCUGCGGCGGCUCUACAGCCUCUUCAGCCAGAUAGACAAGCUCGAGCUCCUCCGCCUCCGCUUUCUCGAAGCGGUGCGCGAGUCGGGCUUCGAGUUGGUUGCCCAGCUGCGCGAGGGCGCGGUCGGUGGGGACGCAGAGGCGAAGAGGGAGAGAGAGGCGAAGGCGCGCGACUUCAUUCCGCAGCUUUUUGCCCUCAAAGAAGUCCACGACCUUGCCUGGUUCGAGGCCUUCAGUCGAAACCCGCACUUCAGUCUCGGCAUCAAGGAAGCUUGGGAGAAGUUUUUGAAUCAAGAUGUCGACGCCAUGCGGCAGAUCACGCGCCUCCUCGCCAAGCAGUGCGACGCGUUUCUGCGGGAGUUCCGCGGCGGAGACAGCGAAGAACUCGAAGAGCAAAUGGCCAGGGUGAUGGUGGUUUUCCGCUACCUCGACGGCAAGGAUUACUUCGAGGAGUUCUAUCGCACUGAUCUGUGCAAGCGUCUGCUCACGCGGAAGUCGGCAAGCGAAGACGCCGAGAAGACCAUGGUCGAGAAGCUGAAAGACGAAUGCGGUCAGCAGUACACCAACAAGCUGGAAAACAUGUUUAAGGACGUCCAGCUGUCGCAGCAGACGAUGACGGCGUUCAACAUGGACUCAGCCUCGCAGGCCGAAGUCGCCAAGAGCGGCGUGGAGUUCGACGUGGCGAUUUGCGCGGCAGGCAUGUGGCCGCAGAGCGCGCCGAAGGAGCAGCUGCGGGUUCCGCUGUUCGCCGAAAACCUCCACAAAUUGUUUGCCUCCUUCUACACGGCCAAACAUCCAGGGCGGAGUCUGUCUUGGAUCUCGUCGCUCGGCAGCUGCGAAGUCAAAGCAAACUUCUCGAUCAACCCCUUUCCCGCCGCAGACACCGACAAGGCGGCCAUCGCUCCCUCUUCUCCUUCCUCUUCUUCCUCCUCUUCUCCUUCCUCUACUUCCUCCUCUUCUUCUUCCUCUUCUUCCUCCUCUUCUUCUUCCUCUUCUGCUUCCUCUUCCUGGUCGGACUACGUGUUCAAAGUCUCCGAACCUCAAGCGUGGAUUCUGCUUCUCUUCAACUCCCGCGACGUGAUGACGGUCGCGGAGAUUGCAGAGGCCACUGGAAUGAGCUCCGAAGAGCUGCAGAGACAGAUCUUCGCCUUGUACGUAAACAAAGCGACGCGCAUUCUGCUUCGCCACAAAACCGAGAAGGAAGAGGCUUACUCUGUGAACUUUGAUUUCCAGUCAAAGCUCAGGCGCCUCCAGGUGGCGCAGAUUCAGCUGACAACGCAGCCGAAGGAAGCGAUCGCGAAGGCGGAGGCGCGCGUGGCGCAAGACCGCGACCACCAGAUCGACGCGUGCAUCGUGCGAAUUAUGAAGACGAAGAAGGAGCUGCGGCACAGCUUGCUGGUCGCCGAAGUCCUCGCGCAGCUACCCUUCAAUUGCGAGCCUGCGACGCUCAAGAAGCGCAUCGAGGCCUUGAUUCACCGCGAAUACCUCACGCGGGACGACGUCGAGCACACGCUGUACAGAUACGUCGCUUGA